CCUCGAUUAGUUUUUUUUCGGGUUUCACGCGUACUAGAGUCGAUUUUCUGUAUUGUAUAUAUAAUAACUGUGUUUCAGCAGGCACCCACAGAAGGAUUAAAAAAAUCCUACCAAGGACCAAACACAGAGGGACCAAGGAUCAAGGACCUAGGACCCAGGAUAAAGGAAUCAGGAAAUUCAAGGAACCAGCCAAGGACAAGGAGGCAGUUAACGAUUAAAGGAUUCGAGGAUACACAAGGAAAUUCAAGGACAGGACCAGCCAUAGGAUCAAGGGGACAUAAGGAAGACUUAUGGAUUAAGAGGAUCAAUCACGGCGCCAAAUUCAAUGCCCCUAAAUUAAAAAUCCCCAAUAAUAUUAAU